AUGAAUAUUUCUCUCAAGCUACUUGUUAAUAAUUUUAAAGGGCACCUUUAUAGACCUAUACUACGGAGCACCAGUAAAAUAGCUGUAGAUAUUGAUGAAAAUGUAAGGAAUCAAAUUGAAUCAGAAGCCAUUCAUCCAAGGCGGCAUCCUGGAAUUCUCAGAGGUAAACGAGUUGAACUGCCGGCAAAAUUGCAUACCUCUUUAGAAAAAGUUGUGGGAGACUAUCCUCUAAAAACAUUAAGUGAUGAUUGCAAGAAACUAAAUCAGUUUAUAGCAUCCAGACAUCCUCCUGCAGAACCGGAUGAAAUCAAAGAUCGAAUGAAGAAUAUAAUGGAGGAGCUUGACGUCCUGAUGCCGCCAAGCGAUUGUCUAUCCAUGAAUGAAGAUGAGAAAAGAAAGUGGCAGCAUCGCAAAGAGCAACUUAUAAAAAGACGAAUGAAAGAACGGACAUUUGCUUGGAAACCUAUUAAAUAUGGUCGUUAUGAGGCUAUAGUAUAUGCCUUGGGCAGGGGUCCAUUAGAGUUUGCGGUGUUGACAAGAAUAUUACAGGAAAUAUCAGAACGUGAUACAGGUUUUAAGCCGCAAAGCUACUUAGAUUUCGGUUCUGGAAUUGGUUCUGGUAUGUGGGCGGUUAGCUAUUUAUGGAAGGACUCUAUCUACGAGUACUAUAAUGUUGACAGUUCUCGCGACAUGAAUGAACUAUCGGAAUUAAUUUUGAAGGAUGGUAACGAAAAUCAACAAAUUACACUAAGAAAUGUAUUCUAUCGCCAGUUUCUACCUGCACUUGAGACGAAAUAUGAUUUGGUUGUAUCGUCAUACUCGCUUUUUGAAUUAGCAAAUGCUCAGAGUCGUAGAGAAGUUAUAUUGAAUUUAUGGAAAAAGUGUGAUGGAUACCUUGUCAUUGUGGAAGAAGGAUCCAGGCGCGGGAGUCAAUUAGUAAACGAAGCUAGAGACAUAAUACUCUCUCAAGAAGACCAUAGCCUCGUAGGGCACGUGUUCGCUCCGUGCCCCCAUGACUUCACCUGCCCACGUUUAUCAAAUUCUGAAGAUAAUACACCUUGUAAUUUUCAAAUAAAUUAUAAGCCAUUAAGAUUUGCUGGUAACGUCUCCAAAGAUCCUGUAGCAAGGUAUAGUUAUGUCGUAAUAAAAAAAGGCAUUCCCAGCGAUCCCACGCGUUCUUGGCCGCGAAUAGUUAGGCCGACAUUGGUUCGCUCAAAGCAUUCGAUAUGCAGGAUGUGUACUUCGAGUGGAGAUUUGACUGAAAUUAUUUUCACACAGUCUAAACACGGAAAGAACGCGUAUAGAUGUGCAAGAUCUAGUAGAUGGGGUGAUCGUCUGCCUAUAAUAAUUGGAGAGAAAUACGACACAAAAGCUAAAUAA